AGGAGAGAGGACUGUUCAACUGUUGUUCGACUGUUUGUUCGUUUCGUUUACGUUUAUUGUUGUGUUUACCCUUAGUUGAUUUUUUGUCUUAAAGAAUAAAGUAAUAAUUGUAGUUUUUAAUCAUUUAAAUUAAUGUUGACGAUAAUAAAUUAAUAUUAUACAUAUCAGAUACUCAGUCUCCACGCAAGUUUAAUUCAGCCGUAGAGUGUUUUCCUUUUGACAAUCAUCAUAAAGUUAAGUCCGUGUUUCCUUAAAAAUAGUAACACUUCGGCUAACAUCCUUGUUCAUUGAUUGUGGAAUCUUCAUAUUGUAGGUCUAUCAAAAGAUUUAUAGACUAAAAAAUGGAGGAAGAGCGGCAGCGACAAUUUAAAGAAAUGAGAACAAAGCUUCAUGAAACAAGAAAUCUCCUUUUUUUGAGGGAGUUGAAGCUGGAGAGAGUGGUCGCGGAAAAAUCGGAAAAUGAAACCAGAAUGAACAAAAGGAUAAUGGAAUUAAUAAAUGUAAAAGAAAAGCAGUCACGUCAGAUUGAGGUCCUUGAAAAGGAGUUAGGCGACCAGGAUGAGCAAGUUAAAAAAGAUAUUGACGGCCUGCAAGACGAGUUGAUGUGCAGUAUCUGUGUUGAGCCGUAUGUGGAACCUACUGCUUUAAACUGUGGGCACAUGUUCUGCAGUAAAUGUAUAUCUGAAUGGAUGAACAAGAAGAGGUUUUGCCCACUAUGCCAUCGAAGUGUUUCUACUACAGUGAGGAUCCACAUGGAUGCACUAAUACAAAGGACUAAAUUGAUGUCCAAGAAAGCAGAAACUCGAAGAGAAGCACAUCUCUCACAACAAAAGAAACGAAAGUCACUUGAAACCGAGUAUUCCCCGAAGAAAUUAUGUAGCGAAACGGAAACAAAUUCAGAUGCUCCAGUUGAAACAACCACCAUUCCAGUCGAAACCGUUACAUACUACCUUCCCAGCAUGGGCCCCAGCACAACUAAUCACACAGAAGGGAAUGAUUGUAAUCAACCGGGAACUUCUAGACAACCACCUCCCAUUGCUGUGGUCAAUCCCUCCAACGUUCCAGUGGCUCAAAUUCCUAUGCCAGCCGCCCCAAGGGUGCAAACUAAUACCUCCGGUGAGGCUGACACAGUCAUUGACCUGACUGACUUGUAGCAAGGCUUAGCGUUACCUCAUCCCACCAAAGAAUUUAUAGUUGUUCCAUCAAUUAUGUGAUACUGUUGAUUGGUUAAUUUUUGUAUUGUUUUUAAUUGAUUUAAGGAUGUUAAUUAGAAAAUGAGAUUUUAACUUGUUAACUUGUUUAAUUAAUGUGUUUUGUAUUUUUGUAACAGAGAGGUAAUACUUUUAGGCAGUGCCAUAUGUAUAAGCAAUGUAACUACUGAUUUUGAGGAUUAAAUUUCUGUUUUUAGUUUUCUAUUUUGUUUUGACUCUUUUGGUAGAGUCUCAAUUAUUUAUCAAUUAUGUUUUACUGUUGAUUGGUUAAUUUUUUAAUUGUUUUCAAUUGAUUUAAGGAUGUAAAUUUUAAAAAGAGAUUCCAACUAUAUUACACAUUUGAAGUACCGGUAAUGUGUUUUGUAUUUUUGUAACAGAGAGGUAAUACUUUUAGGCAGUGCCAUAUGUUAUAAGCAAUGUAAUUCUACUGAUUUUUAGGAUUAAAUAUCUGUUUAAUUUUCUAUUUUGUUUUGAAUUUCUUGUUAGAGUCUCGAAUACUGACUUACGUUAUGCUUCCUUUAGACAAUCUCAAGCUUUUACCUUGUGACAUGGUUGAACACCAUCACGUGGGGUAACAAAACCUUUUUCUACACCUGUAAUUUCCUAUAGUUUUCACUUGCUGUAUUUGACCAUGGGUAAAGUAGGGGUUUUACCUGUAUUAUCCUAUUAUUUUUAUUAUUUAAAAAAACCUGUAUUUUACCAUGGGUUCAGAAUACCAGUUUGCCAACGCAUACAUAGUCCGAACUGAGAUAUGUGACUGAAUGUACGUGCGUCAUCGCUUUAUCUUAUAUUUAACUGUUUCAAUAGUGGGAUUUUUACUUUGUGAAUUAUUUUUUUAAUUGUGAUAAUGGCUUCAAAUCAAAAACAGUUUUGAGUUUAAUGUAAAGUAACUUGUACAAAUAUUAUACCUGAAUUUUAAAAACUUUCUAUGUUUUAAUAAGCAUUUUUCCACAUAGUCUAUCUUGCUACAACUUGUUAAGGUUGUAAUCGAGACUCUACUGUAGUGUGUAAGUUAGUUAAGAUGUAAUAGAUUUUUUUUAGUUGACAAUACUGUAGAGUCUUGUCUUUUCAAUUAAAUGUAGCCUACUUAUAGAUACAAAAUUAUUUUCUCUGUCAAACUAACUCAACAAUUUGUGAACCAGAGGUUGUCAAGUUUUGGGGCUUGUCAAUUUACUGGUGAGGAAGCUAGGGUUUACCUUACAAUUAUUAAAAUACAUUUGCAAUUUCGUAAGCUAUUCAUUGUGACCCUUGGUUGCAAUAUAUUAUUGGUAAAAUAAAAUAAUUACCUUAUCCAACCACAGUUGUUUGUAUGACGACUAGUUUCGUUCCUUAGAACUUUGUCAGGUCAUUUGUAUGCAACCACUUCAUCAAUGUAUUAAUAGUUAAACAGUCACAAUAGUUAAAAGUUGUCAUGUUGAAAAACAUAAUUAAAAUGGAAUAAAAAUUAUAAACUAAUUAAAAUUGUACAGGUUAGCCAGCACUGUCUGAUCACUGCCAUUGAUUAAAUAAAAUGUGAGUUUAUAAAACUGAGCUUUAUUUAGUCAGUGACAGUGAUAAAACAGUGCUUGCUAACCUGUACAGUUUUAAUCAGUUUAUCAUUUUUAUUCCAUUUUAAUUAUUUUUUCCAACAUGCAAACUUUUAAUUAUUGUGACUGUGGCAGUCUUUUAGAGAUUCUAUGGAAACACCACAAUGUAUUAAUACAUUGAUGAUGUGGUUGCUUACUAAUGACCUGACGAAAUUCUAAGGAAUGAAACUA